AUGGCAGCAGACGUGCUUCACGAUUAUGUUCUUUGCUCCCAUGAUUUUGUAACUGGAGAUGAGUUAUUUAGGAAGCAGACAGGUAAAGGCGGAGCCAGGUGAGAAAGACAAAGCUGCAACCAGGCAAGCGGCAUAAAGGAGAGAACAAGGAACUGAGCACAAAGUGUCACACACACAUUACGAACCAGGCUUGUACAAUGUUACUCUCUGCUGUGAGAAGGUGGAUGAAUAAACCAAAGAAGUCUGACCCACGACUUUUGGCAACGUUUUAUUACGCCAACGAGGAAGUAUCUGGCAUUGUUAAUGAGUUGGAAAGCUUGAACUUACGGAAAGAGCCCCAAAAUUAUCUGGCGCUGCUUAAUCAGCUGCACAGCAGCCAGGAACACAUGCUGGGUAUAAUAGAACAAAUUAUGGAACUGUGCGUAUCAACAAAGAGACAACAAAGAGAUUACCUCCAAAAAUUCCCUGAUGAGAUUGCCCGUGAAAAUAUGGCCACUCAAAUAUUGUUUGCGGCACAGCUUUUGGUAGGUGGCACGUAUAUUGAAGUAGAGGAGGCAGAGGGCAGUUUGCUACGGCCUUUGGCACAAGAACUACUACGUGGUCUGGCAGAUCUCCGCUAUGCAUUAAAAGAACAAAGCUUUGAGGAUCCUGGGUCAUACCCAGAGACGAUACACAAGGCCCUGCUGCACUAUGACAGGCUUUCUGCAGAGUUCGAGUUAAGGUAUGUGUCCUUAUUGGUCUCUGUAAAGACCCCCGAAGAAAUUUAUUUACAACAGGAAGUAGCAGUACUUUUCUGUGAAACUGUUUCCAGGGCACUUAAGAAAGGAUAUUUAACCCAAGAAAUGAUUGAUUAUUGUGAGCCGGAGCUAAUGAUUUCCAUCCCACGUCUAGCUAUUAUCAGCGGUUUGCUUAUUUAUCCUGAUGGGCCCUUGAACUUACAGAAGCGGCCCAAAGAAAUGUGUGAACUCUUCAGACCGUUUCAUGGCUUACUUAAGAAAAUACAGGAAUUAUUGUGCAUACUUACUGAGAAGGAGUUGAUUUCCUUAGAGCGAGCACUGUGCUGUGCAUCUUCAGACGACUCCUCAGGACACCUGUCUUCUAUCUCCGACUCUCCUAAUAAAUGGAAUUUUAUAAACCACAUUAAUGGAUCACUACCAGAGCCCAGGUCUACAAUUAUGGGGAUUACAGAAAUUCCAAGACCUGAAGUCCCAAUCUCUUGGGAAACCCAAUCAAUAGGCAUUCAAUGCCAAUCCCCAGUGACAAUGCAGAGCAACUGCACCUCUAAUUAUUGCAAAAGUGAUCGCAGUAACAGGACAUAUAGAGACCAGGGGGUUAUUAAAACAGCUGUCUUUGAAUAUUCUGGAAAUACCGAAACAGAGUGUACAAGAUCACAACAUCACAAUCAGCAUUUAAAAUAUGCACACAGGAAUCUGAGAUUUCAGUAUGUGAGAUCCCGUUAUCGUAGUGACAGUGACAUGCUUCACCGCCUGUUUGUGUGCAUUGCAGGUGUUGCUGACCAGCUUCAGACAAACUUUGCAAGUGAUUUCCGUGCUAUUCUAAAGACUGUGUUUGAAACAGUGAGCUCAAAACAACAAGAGGAAAGGGAAAAAACUACAGAUAAUGCCUUCCGGUUACCUGACUGCUGCCUUUGUCAAAACAAUACAGAACGUCACACCGUAGCUAAAUCAGACUGUACAGAUGAGGAUCCUGAUAAGUGUGUUUUGUGCCCAGUACCUCCAGAAUGGCUCCCAGACAAUGCCAGUUCCCACUGCAUGAGCUGCUAUGCAUCUUUCACCUUACUGCGCAGGAGGCAUCAUUGCCGUAGCUGUGGGAAGAUCUUCUGUUCACGAUGUUCUGCAUACUCCUCUACCCUGCCUUAUAUUGUCUCUACCCAUCCUGUCCGAGUGUGUUCUCAUUGCUACCAUGUUCACUGCAAUCCCUUGAACAGCCACAAAAUGGACCAAGACUGGACUGAAGCCUGAAAAGGGCACAAUGCCAUGUACUGAUAUCUCAGACAUUGGCAAGGGGCCGGUUUACUUCUAUUUAUACAACCUGUUUACAAACAUUUGUUAUUGACAUUGCACAUUGCACUGGUUUUGUUAAGUGCCAUUUCUUGCUUCUCUUGCUAUGCUCAGGAGUUAAGGUGUGCAAGAUAAAGCCUUAAUACUUCUGUAGGGUUUUUAUUUACUGUUAAAAACAUUUAAGCAUUUCCAUGUGUGUAUGUUUUUUUCUUCAUUUUUAACAAACUGAAUCUGUAGUUACGUAAUAUAUUAUACAGAUCUCAUACACUGACCAGCAUAGCCCAUAUUGUAUGAACCAUUGGGAGCUCUUCCUCAGCACUUGCUAAAAGUUUCCUUGCUAAUUGUAAGU